AUGAUCCAGCCGAUGCCCCGGCUCUCGGUGCCCGCCGCGCUGGCCCUGGGAUCGGCCGCUCUGGGCGCUGCCUUCGCCACCGGCCUUUUCCUGGGGAGACGCUGCUCUUCGUGGCGGCUCCGGCGGGAGAAGCGGCUGCUGCCCCCCGAGGACAGCCCCCUGUGGCAGUACCUGCGGAGCCGCUCCUUGCGGGAGCACCCGGCGCUGCGGAGCCUGCGGCUGCUGACCCUGGAGCAGCCGCGGGGAGAGGCCAUAAUGACCUGCGAGCAGGCCCAGCUUCUGGCCAACCUGGCGCGGCUCAUCAGGGCCGAGAAGGCGCUGGACCUGGGCACCUUCACGGGCUACUCGGCGCUGGCCCUGGCCCUGGCCCUGCCCCCGGCCGGGCGCGUGGUGACCUGCGAGGUGGACCCGGGGCCCCCGGAGCUGGGGCGGCCCCUGUGGCGCAAGGCCGAAGAGGAGCACAAGAUGGACCUGCGGCUGAAGCCCGCCCUGGAGACCCUGGACGAGCUCCUGGCCGCGGGAGAAGCCGGCACCUUCGACAUCGCCGUGGUGGACGCCGACAAGGAGAACUGCGCCCUCUACUACGAGCGGUGCCUGCAGCUGCUGCGCCCGGGAGGCGUCCUGGCCGUCCUCAGGGUGCUGUGGCGGGGAGAAGUGCUGCAACCCCAACCGCCAGACUUGGAAACCCGGUGCGUCCAAAACCUCAACGAGCGCAUCCUGCGCGACGCCCGGGUGCACAUCAGCCUCCUGCCCCUGGGCGACGGCCUCACCUUGGCCUUCAAAAUCUAA